CCUGGGUCGGAACCUCAGGCUGCCCGCAGCCGGGCCGUCAGUGGGUCCUGUGGGCCCUCUGGGAAAUCAGCCCCGCGGCUACUUGGACUCGAAUGAGUCAACUGUCCAGAGUCUCACUGCUGGAGAGAGGUCCCGUCCAGGGGCCAGCAGCUUCGACCUUUGCUGGAAGCUUGUGUGGAAUGCAGAAGUCUCCCCGCCCCCACAGCCACUGACUAAGCAUCUAACUGUGGGAGCAGAGGCUGGGGGGUGCUUUACACCCCUGUUGGAGACGCCUGGGGCUAGGUCCCUGGUUCUCUGGCAGCCAGUGAGGGAAUCACCUAGCCACUUGUACAAUGUGGGUGUGCCUCGGCCCCAUGCCUAGCGAGUCACGUGGGGUAUGGGCUGAACAUUGGGGUUUUCUAAGGUGCCCCAGUGGAUUCUGAUGUGCAGACAAAUUUGAAAACUCCUUCGUGGCCUCUCUGAGGCAUUCAAGGUUAACUGAAGCACCAAGCAUUCAUGGCUCAGCCAUUUGCCGCCUUCAGAUGACUGGGACUCAUUUCUGGUCUCCGUGCCAGACUCUGAACAAUCUGAGACGUCAGUGCAGACAGAACCGAGCCCAAACAGACAAAGGGAGGUGGGUGCCAGCCUUUGUGAAGGCUUCCUGCCGGGCCCGAAUUUCCCACUCCCUCCAGGAAGGGUGGGGCAGAGGGGAAAUAUCAGUGCCAGAUGUUACUGUAAGAAAAUACCCGGUUGGGAAACCCAUAACCAAAGGGAAGUUUGGCAGCCACUGCGGCCCGGUGGUGGGAAGACCAAAGCCAGCUGUUGGAGGAAGCCUCCCCGGCCCCCGACAGGAAGGUGUACAAAUUAUAGUGUUUCCAGAAGAUGGGAUUCACGGAUUCAACUUUACAAGGACAUCCAUCUACCCGUUUUUGGACUUCAUGCCAUCUCCGCAGUUGGUCAGGUGGAACCCGUGCCUGGAGCCCCACCGUUUCAAUGACACAGAGGUGCUCCAGCGUCUGAGUUGCAUGGCCAUCAGGGGGAGUAUGUUCCUGGUGGCCAACCUUGGGACAAAGCAGCCUUGCCACAGCAGCGACCCAGGGUGCCCACACGACGGCAGGUACCAGUUCAACACGAAUGUUGUGUUCAGCAGCAAUGGAACCCUUGUCGACCGCUACCGCAAACACAACCUCUACUUUGAGGCGGCCUUCGAUACCCCCCUCCAGGUGGACCACACCGUCUUUGACACCCCUUUCGCUGGCAAGUUUGGCGUCUUCACGUGCUUUGAUAUACUGUUUUUCGAGCCCACCAUCAGGCUGCUCAGGGACUAUGAGGUGAAGCACAUCGUGUAUCCGACCGCCUGGAUGAACCAGCUCCCACUCCUGGCAGGUAUUCAGAUUCAGAGUGCUUUCGCCGUUGCCUUUGGGGCCAACAUCCUGGCUGCUAACAUCCACCAUCCGUCGCUGGGGAUGACGGGAAGUGGUAUACACACCCCUCUGAAGUCCUUUUGGUACCACAACAUGGAAAACCCCGAAGGUCGCCUUCUAGUCGCCCAGAUCGCCAGCAACCCAGUGGGCUUUGGUGCGGAUAAUGCCACGGGGGACACAGACCCAUCCCAUCGGAAAUUUCUGAAAUUACUGGCAGGAGACCCGUACUGUGAGAAGGACGCUCAGGAAGUGCAUUGCGACGGAGCCGCCCCCUGGAGCGAGCACGCCCCCCCGACCUUUCACGCCGAGAUGAUGUACGACAACUUCACGCUGGUGCCCGUGUGGGGGCAGGAGGGCUAUCUCCAGGUGUGUGCCAGCGGCCUCUGCUGCCAUUUGCUUUACCAGAGGCCCACGCAGUCCUCAGAGCUGUACGCCCUGGGCGUCUUCCACGGCCUUCACACCGUGCACGGCACGUACUACAUCCAGGUGUGCGCUCUGGUCAAGUGCGGGGGCCUGGGCUUCGACACCUGCGGGCAGGAGAUCACGGAGGCCGCGGGGCUCUUUGACUUCCACCUAUGGGGGAACUUCAGCACUUCCUAUAUCUUUCCUCUGUUCCUGACCUCAGGGAUGACCCUGGAGAGGCCUGACCGGCUCGGCUGGGAGAAUGAGCAUUAUUUCCUCAGGAAGAGCAGACUGACUUCUGGCCUGGUGACCGCGGCUCUGUACGGGCGGUGGUAUGAGAGGGACUAGAGGACGGGGCCGCACAGCGGCAGGUGGGGGCCGCACAGCGGCAGGGCCCGGCCCCCGCCAGAGCCCGUGGGAGCCCUGGGUGCUGCAGGAGAAAGAGAGGUUCCCCGGGGCCUCUUCCUCGGACUUACAAAUUAUGGAGACAUUUUAUGGUAUUUUCUACUCAUAUUUGUCUUUUUCAAGUCACACCUGCCCUUAGCAAACCUCUCUCUACACAAUUGGAUUUAAGCACAAACCAAAAAUAAAUGCCCAUUUCUGUCUCA